UUUUGCACGAGUGAUUUCACAGUGACAGAAAUGUCAGCAAAUAAACAACCGUGAUCAUGUGAUCACUCUCGUUUAUUAUUUCCCGUCCUGUGUCAUUACAUUUCCGGAACUGCGCAGUGGAGGUCAGCUGACAGAUGUGUGUGCAGGUCUAAUGUACACGGCGUUGCUGGAAAGACCAACAUUUUCCAGCUCUUCUUUGGGGCAAUUGAGGAUUCAGGAUUCACAGAAACAGACCUUUAGCUGGUCCUCUUGGCUUGCACCAUGAGUGCUAGCACCCCGAAAACGCUUUCGUCGUCCGGACAGAAGCCUAUUCAGGAGAUUUGCCACCCCCUGUCCGCGGCAGAGGAGGCUGUAGUCCGCACCCCAAGCCCAGAUGUAGCCAACAACACCGCCAGCAUCGAAGACAAGGACCUGAGUCUGCCCAAUGGGACGCCAGUGGACACGUCUAGUCCCGCCUCCUCCUCCUCGCUGCUGAAUCGGCUGCAGCUGGACGACGACCUGGACGGGGAGACGCGAGACCUUUUCGUUACCGUCGACGACCCCAAGAAGCACGUGUCCACCAUGGAGACCUACAUCACCUACAGGGUCUCCACCAAGACCUCUAGAGUGGAGUUUGAUCUUCCGGAGUAUUCCGUGCGGCGCCGCUAUCAGGAUUUUGAUUGGCUGAGGAUCAAACUGGAGGAGACCCAGCCCACACACCUCAUACCUCCCCUGCCGGAGAAGUUUGUGGUGAAGGGCGUGGUGGACCGCUUCUCUGAGGAGUUUGUGGAGACGCGGCGGCGAGCGCUGGACAAGUUCCUCAAGAGGGUCGCCGACCACCCCGUACUGUCCUUUAACGAGCACCUCAACGCCUUCCUCUCCUCUAAGGACCUGAAUAAGAGGGCGGGGCUUGCUCUCCUGACUAAGGUGGGGGAGGGGGUGAAGCUGGUGACCGGUGGCUAUAAGCUCCGCCUCCGACCGCUGGAGUUCGCCGCCAUGGGGGAAUACCUGGACACGUUUACAGGAAAACUGGGAACCAUCGACCGCAUCGCACAGAGGAUCAUUAAAGAACAGACAGAGUACCUGGCGGAGCUGCGUGAGUACGGUCCCGUCUAUGGCAGCUGGGCGGGUGUGGAGGCCGGUAACCGUGACAAUAACGCAGCCGUUGGCGUGGAGGAGGAUCGUAACCAUAGCAGCAGCGGUCACCACAGCAACGGCAACGGGCUUCAGGCACCACUGGAGGGCGUGGCAGGGGGAGUGGCCUCUGUUGCCGCGGCAAUGGAAGAGUUAACGGAAGACAUGAGCCAAGACUUCCUGCCAGUGCUGAGGGAAUACGUACUCUACAUAGACAGCAUGAAGAACGUUCUAAAGAAGCGUGACCAGGUGCAGGCGGAGUAUGAGGCCAAACUGGAGGCGGCGGCUCUACGCAGAGAAGAGAGGACAACGGUACAGGUGCCUUCGGACGUUGAGAAGUGUCAGGACCGUGUGGAGUGUUUCAACGCGGACCUGAAGGCUGACUGGGAGAGGUGGCAGAACAACAAGAGACAAGACUUCAGACAACUACUGACAAACAUGGCCGAUAGCAACAUCACAUACUACCAGAAGUGUCUUGCCGCGUGGGAGUCCAUCAUUCCUCUUCUUCAGGAGAGACCAGCUGACAGCUUUGGCCGGGGCCAGGACAAAGUCAUCUGAAAGGGCCCCCUCCCCCGACCCCCACCAAAUACAUACAAUGUAAUGAGGACCCAAUUGUGGGCCCGGACCCUUUUGCCCGGACCCUUUUGUUCCCCCCCAUCGAUUUCCCAGGAGAGACCCACAGACAAGCUCGUAUCAUCCCUGCGUACGUGCGUGCGCAUCACCCCUUUGUGCGUGCGUGCGUAUCACCCGUGCGUGCGUGCGUGCGUGCGUGCGUGCGUGGGUGCAUGCAUGCAUGUGUGUGCGCAUCACCCCUGCGUGCGUGCAAGCUCCACCUUUUCACCACCCCACUCCACCCCACGGCUCAAUCGCGUGGCUCAGAGCUGUGGUCAUGUGACCUGUGUGGGAUCUUCUUAUUGGUCGGGCUGUUUUGUGACAGCCAGGUGGGUGGGGCUUAACAGACUAAUAGACUCCUGAGUGCUGCUGAUCAUUACGGUUCUCGUCUCUCAUUGGUCAAUUUCUUAACUCCUCCGGACGACCCGAUUUGUCAACUCCUCCUCCUACGGGCGACCUGAUUGGUCUCCUUUGCCCUCCAGACCUCCUUAUUGGUCAACUCCUCAACUCCAGCCCGCCUCCUCUCCUCCUCCUGUCCUCUCAUUGGUCCUGCGCUCCUGACUUGAUGAGAAUUGCACGGAAGAGCGUGUGGAGCUCUCUCUAUCUAUCUCUCUCUCUCUCUCUCUCUCUCUCUCUCUCUCUCUCUCUCUCUCUCUCUCUCUCUUUCUCUCUCUCUCUCUCUCUCUCUCUCUCUCUCUCUCUCUCUCUCUCUCUCUCUCUCUCUCUCUCUCUCUCUCUCUCUCUCUCUCUAUCUCUCUCUAUCUCUCUCUAUCUCUAUCUCUCUCUCUCUCUCUCUGGACUGCUGUGCUCUGGUGGAGUGUGGCAGCCACAGGGUUAAUUAACCCCUUUGUGCCCUCAGCGCCCUCUGGUGUUGUGUUCGGGAACAUCAAGCUAAACGUGUACAGAUGAGAUUUUACUCUCUUGAAGUUUCUGAUUGUGAGAGAGACACGUGACACUUUUGGACAUGAUGAUGUUUUUAGGCAAACGAGCGAACGGUUGCCAAUAUUUUUUUUUUUCUGUUUGAAAUGUUGUAAUAAUAUGAUGGUUUAUUCAGGCCGA